CCGGUACUAGCGAAAAAGGUUGUUCUCCACAAAAUGCUGCGCAUUUCGGCACCGUUCUUUCUCUUCUCAUUGGCCGCUGGCCAUGGUCACAUCAGCAAUAUCGUGAUCAACGGGAUUUCAUAUGAAGGGUGGGAUAUCAACUCCUACCCUUACAUGUCUGAUCCCCCUAUUGUUGUCGCAUGGGGUACUCCGAACACUGCCAAUGGAUUUAUUACCCCAUCGAACUAUGGAACUGACGACAUUAUUUGCCAUCUCAAUGCCACCAACGCCAAGGGACACGCCGUGGUGGCUGCUGGAGACAAGAUCAGUCUUCAGUGGACCACCUGGCCCGACUCGCAUCAUGGUCCGGUGAUUACCUACCUCGCUAACUGUGGUGACUCCUGCGAAACCGUCGAUAAGACAACUCUCAAGUUCUUCAAGAUCGAUGGAGUGGGUCUUGUCGACGACACAACAGUACCUGGCACUUGGGGCGAUGACCAGCUGAUUGCCAACAACAACAGCUGGAUGGUCGAGAUCCCACCGACUAUUGCUCCGGGCAACUAUGUAAUGAGACACGAGCUCAUUGCGCUUCACAGCGCUGGAACUGAGGAUGGUGCCCAAAACUAUCCCCAGUGCUUCAACUUGCAAGUGACUGGCUCCGGAAGUGAUGAGCCAUCGGGCGUCCUGGGUACUGUGCUGUACAGCUCAACUGAUCCCGGCAUCCUGGUGAACAUUUACGCUUCUCUCUCAACCUACGUUGUGCCCGGUCCAACUCUGUACAGCGGAGCUGUGUCCAUCACCCAAUCUUCCUCUGCUAUCACUGCUUCUGGCACCCCUGUUACAGGAACUGGUGCCGUGACUACCACCGGGCCCAACCCAACCACCACCACUUCUGCAGACACUACGACGAUCACCUCAAAGGCGACUACCAGCACAACCACGGCGACGACCUCUAGGACCACUACUUCUAGUAGCCAAGGAACCACCCUGACCACUACUACUAGCCCCACGGGUGACAGUCCCUCGACCCAAUCACUAUAUGGACAGUGUGGAGGAAGUGGAUGGUCUGGUGCUACAGUCUGCACUGCCCAGGCCACUUGCACUUCGUACAACGCCUACUAUUCCCAAUGUAUUCCCACGUCGACCUAG